AGCGUCACUGUUUUAUUGUUUUCAUGGUGUUAUUUCUUUUACUCACUCUUCAUGUAAAAACAGAAUAAGAAACAUUUUUCUGGGGUGUUAGCUUCGUGUUUUAGCCCGUCUCCACACACAGUGUGUCGGCUUUGAACGCCACAUUCCAGCGGACAUUUGAACGUCACACGGGCAGAGGGGGAGGGCGGUGCUGCGUUCACUGCCCCCUCCCCCAAAACCACGAGGCUCCGGUGUUGACAGGGCCCGAUCACCGCCCCGCGUCCAGUCCGGCUUCUCUACCACCAACCACGGGGCGAGCAGACAAAGCAAGCCCCGCUCCUGGAGCUCCGCUUCUCCGUGUGAACGACACCCGGCCGUUGUCACAACCCCCUCCCCGGGUUUCAAAGCCUUUCAUGCGGGCUCACAAAGGAUUAGCGGCCGUGCGGGAAUUCCGCCCUCCGGUCCUUAUUUAGCACCGAGCGGGCCCGGCAGGCUCCGCCUCCCGUUCAUUUGUCAACAAAGGGGCUUGACAGAGCCGCAGAAACCCUGCCCCCAUGUUUCCUUAAAAGGAUGAUUUGUCCAUACACGGCCGACACCGAGCCGUGCGGGUAACCUCUCCUUCCCCGUCCCCGUUCAUAUGGUGCGUUGACUUCCUCCGUCGCCGUUAAAGCGGAGCUAUCAUGGCGGAGCGCGUACAGCAGCCCCCGGCCAAGCGGCUCUGCUGUAGACCGGGAUACGGCUCGACAUGUCGGCAAGGCCAGCGGGCCGCGGGGGCGACGUGCGGCGGCGGCGGCGCCGGCGGCUCGGCGUCCAACCAGGGCGGGUCGAGUAAAACCCAGAACCCGGAGUCUCUGCUGGACAUCGCGGCGAGGAAAGUCGCCGAGAAGUGGCCGUUUCAACGGGUGGAGGAGCGUUUCGAGCGGAUCCCGGAGCCCGUACAGAGGCGGAUCGUGUACUGGUCGUUCCCGAGGAGCGAGAGGGAGAUCUGCAUGUACUCGUCGUUCAACACGGGAGGCGGCGGCGGGGAGGAGAUCGGAAGUAGCGGGGAGAGCGGCGACGAGACGCGGCUGCCUUUCCGACGGGGCAUCGCUCUGCUGGAGAGCGGCUGCGUGGACAACGUGCUGCAAGUCGGGUUUCACCUCAGCGGCACAGUAAGAGAACCCGCCACGUCGUCGGAGCCCGAGCUGGUGUGCAACGUGAGCGUGAGCUUCGACCGCUGCAAGAUCACCGCAGUGACGUGCAGCUGCGGCAACAAGGACAUCUUCUACUGCGCCCACGUGGUGGCGCUCUCGCUGUACCGAGUACGGAAGCCCGAGCAGGUCAAACUGCGCCUGCCCAUCUCAGAGACUCUUUUCCAAAUGAACAGAGACCAGCUGCAGAAGUUCGUUCAGUACCUGAUCACGGUGCAUCACACCGAGGUGCUGCCCACGGCGCAGAAGCUGGCCGACGAAAUCCUGUCGCAGAACUCCGAGAUCAACCAGGUCCACGGAGCUCCUGAUCCGACGGCCGGCGCCAGCGUGGACGACGAGAACUGCUGGCAUCUGGACGAGGAACAAGUUCAGGAACAGGUCAAGCUCUUUCUCUCCCAGGGCGGGUACCACGGCUCGGGAAAGCAGCUCAACUUACUGUUCAGCAAGGUGAGAGAGAUGCUGAAGAUGAGGGACUCCAACGGCGCUCGCAUGCUGACGCUGAUCACGGAGCAGUUCAUGGGCGACCCCAGGCUGGCGCUGUGGAGGCAACAAGGGACGACCAUGACGGACAAAUACAGGCAGCUGUGGGACGAACUCGGCGCCCUGUGGAUGUGCAUCGUGUUGAAUCCUCACUACAAACCCGAGCAGAAAGGCUUCUGGCUCCGGCAGCUCCGCCGGUGGAGCGGCGUGGACGUCUGCCCCUUGGAGGACGGUAACCAUGGCAGCGAGCUGACCAAUCUGACCAACGCUCUGCCCCAGGGUCCUCCUGGAAACCCAGAUUCGCUGACUCGGCCUCACCGGACGGUGUUCACGCGAGCGAUCGAGGCCUGCGACCUGCACUGGCAGGACUCCCACCUGCAGCACAUCAUCACCGAGGACCGCCACACAAGCUACUGUUACCAUGACAACCUUGACAGCUCCCUGUUCGACGCCCGGGGGUGGCCGCUGUGGCACGAACACGUCCCGACUGCGUGCGCUCGGGUGGACGCCCUCCGAUCACACGGUUACCCGAAAGAAGCACUCAGGCUGGCCAUCGCCAUCGUCAACACACUGCGGAGGCAACAGCAGAAACAGAUGGAGUUCUUCCGGACUCACAAGAAAGAGUUGCUCCAUAAAGGCAUCACGUCGGUCACAAACCUGGAGGGUUGGGUGGGUCACCCUCUGGACCCGAUCGGCACUCUGUUCAGCACCCUGAUGGAGAUGGGAUGGGCCAGCGAGGACGGAGCGACGGCCCUGCUCGACUUCUCCGGCUCGCCGGGUUCAGGUCGGAGGACGACAGAGCCUUCUGUUUCCCCGGCGGCGGCAGCAGCGCAGCGUUUCCUGGAGGACGGCGAGUCUUUCGUGUCGCUCGCCGUGGAGACGGCUCUGAUCGGUUUAGGGCAGCAGAGGGUGAUGCCGGACGGCCUUUACGCCCAGGAGAAAGUGUGUCGCAACGAAGAGCAGCUAUUGGCCAGGCUGCAGGAAGUGGAUUUAGACGACACGCUGGUGAAGAUCUUCCGGAAACAAGCCGCCUUCCUGCUCGAGGCUGGUCCUUACAGUGGUCUGGGGGAGUUACUCUACAGAGAAAGCGUCCCCAUGCACACCUUUGCCAAGUAUCUGUUCACCUCCCUGCUACCUCAUGACGCCGAACUGGCGUACAAAAUUGCACUGAGGGCCAUGCGGUUGCCGGUCCUGGAGUCCACGGCCCCCUCCGGCGACUUGUCUCGGCCUCACCAUAUAGUGUCGGUGGUGCCCAACCGCCUCCCUCGCUGGUUCACCCUCAGCCACAUAGAGACCCAACAGUGUGAACUGGCCUCCACCAUGCUCACUGCUGCUAAAGGCGACGCUCGAAAGCUGGAAACAGUGUUAGAGUCCAUCCAGAAGAACAUCCACUCCGCGUCGCACAUCUUCAAACUGGCCCAGGAUGCCUUCAAGAUCGCCACGCUCAUGGACAGCCUGCCGGACAUCACGCUGCUCAAAGUGUCCCUGGAGCUGGGCCUUCAGGUGAUGAGGAUGACGCUGUCCACCUUGAACUGGCGGAGGAGGGAGAUGGUGCGAUGGUUGGUCACGUGUGCUACGGAGGCCGGUGUGUUUGCGUUGGACAGCAUCAUGCAGAGCUGGUUCACCCUCUUCACCCCGACCGAAGCCACGAGCGUCGUGGCGAGCACGGUCAUGUCCAACAGCACCAUCGUCCGGCUGCACUUGGACUGCCAUCAGCAGGAGAACCUGGCCAACUCCGCCCGAACCCUGGCUCUACAGUGUGCCAUGAAGGACCCCCAAAACUGUGCCCUCUCGGCUCUGACGCUCUGCGAGAAGGACCACAUUGCCUUCGAGACAGCCUAUCAGAUUGUACUGGACGCAGCCGCCACGGGAAUGAACUACACGCAGCUGUUUACGAUAGCACGCUACAUGGAGCACCGAGGUUAUCCAAUGAGGGCGUACAAACUAGCGACGUUAGCCAUGACUCACCUGAACCUCAGCUAUAACCAAGACACGCACCCGGCCAUCAACGACGUGCUCUGGGCAUGCGCUCUCAGCCACUCGCUGGGGAAAAACGAACUGGCAUCCGUCAUCCCCCUGGUGGUGAAGAGCGUGAAAUGCGCCACCGUCUUGUCGGACAUUUUGCGGCGGUGCACGUUAACGACGCCGGGCCUGGUGGCGCUGCACAGUCGCAGCAGGAACUCUGGGAAGCUGAUGCCCCUGGACAAGGCGCCGCUCAGGCAGCUACUGGACGCCACGAUCGGGGCUUACAUCAACACGACGCACUCGCGGCUGACGCACAUCAGCCCGCGCCACUACAGCGAGUUCAUCGAGUUCCUCAGUAAAGCCAGAGAGACGUUUCUAAUGGCGCACGACGGACACAUCCAGUUCACACAGUUCAUAGACAACCUGAAACAGAUUUACAAGGGCAAGAAGAAACUCAUGAUGCUCGUUCGAGAGAGGUUUGGUUGAUCGACCAAAUAUCUCGUUUUUUUUACUUGAGUCUCCUUUUUUUUAUCCUUUCUAACUUGAAGUGAAAAUCCCCCUAAAACAAGAUACGAAAUAAGUUUUAGGGUACAAAAGAAAACAAACACUGUAAACCGUAAAAAGCAACAGCCGGUGUCGAUGUGUAUAAAACGUUUGCGGAAGGAGAGAACCGUCAAAUCGUGGAAGUUUUCGUGUGUUUCCCUUUAUAUGUAUGAAAGCGAAAGUUUUACACUGAGUAUAUACUGUAUUGUCCAGUGGCAAAAUGUCCACCUUGCACUCCUCUUUACUUCCCUCAGCCAACGUUCAGAGCCUCAAAGAGAAGACAAACGGCUUUAAACCAAAUGGAGCAACUCCAUCUUGAAGUGACAAGUACCUCUUUAAAAAACAAAGGAUCCAGCUUUACUCUUCCCGCCCUCCAAAGUCCUCACCUACUCAUCUGAACCAGAAUUAAUUCACCCGGUCAAUAUUUGUUUUCCCGCCAUUUUCAGGCUGAUUGCAGUGUUGUCUUUAAACAUUAACAGUAUGCUUAAUUUGUCACAGAAACACAGAAACAAACGGUCACAGUGCUCGCUCUUUGUGUGGAAACUUGGCAACUGUCAACAUACCGGUCAAAAGUUUGGACGCGUCUUCUCGCUCAAUGGUUUUUCUUUAAUUUUGUUACUUUCUACAUUGUCAAAACUGUGAAAGAACACGUGUGGGGUUAUGUGGUAUUCAAAAAAAAGUGUAAACAAACCAGAACAUGUUGAGUUUCAUGAGGUCGUCACCUGAAAUGGUUUUCUCGAAGGAGUUUCCAAAGGUGCUGAGGUCUCGUUGGCUGGUUUGCCUUCUCUCUGUGGUCCAACUCAUUCCAAACCAUCUCAACUGGGUUUAGGUUGGGUGAUACAUCACUCUGAUUCUUGGUGAAGUAGUCUUUACAGAGCCUGGAGGUGUGUUUUGGGUCACUGUCACGUUGGAAAACAAACAAUGGUCCCAUUAAGAACAUGGCAUGUCCAUGAAGUAUGGUAUGGUAGCCAUGUUGGCCUCCACACCAUCACACCUCCUCCUCUGUGUUUCAUGUUGGGAACCACACAUGUAGAUAUCAUCCGUUCACCUUGUCAAAGCCACGGCGGUUGGAACCAAUACUCCCAAAUUUGGAUUCAUCAGACCAAAGUCCAGACUUCCACUGGUCUGAUGUCCAUUCCUUGUUGGUCUCCCUCAGUCGUGGUUUCUUCAUCAUAAUACAUUCAAUGUUCUUGAUAUUAUCUGGACUGACUGACCUUCGUGUCUUAAAGUGAUGAUGGACCAUUGAUUCUCUUUACAUUGUUGAGUGCUUCAUACCAUAACAUGGGUUAGAACAGUAGUUAAAUGCCAACACGCCAACAAAGCCUCGGCCUUGUAAUUGACCACAUUUUUACUCGGUCUGGUCUCGGUGUUAGACUAAGAGGACUCUGGAUUUUAGUUCAAGACCAGUCAAGACUUCAACUGCAGGUAUAUCACCUACAAAAGAACACAGCGGUAUGUAGCAACCACGCUUCACCCAAAGAGAUUUCGUGAAUAUUAGCUACCUAAGUAUGCUGUAUACUGUCUGGACUUAGUUUUGCAAUAUCUUGGUCUUGACUUGGUCUUAACACCUCAAAGUUUUGGUCUUGUCCCAGUCUCGAUGCACUCUUGGUCAAAACUCUGAACAACAGCUAAUGGUCUCUACUAAUUAACUCUUGACAAGGCAUACCUGGUAAAUAAAAGGCUUUCCAGGUGACGACCCUAUGAAGGUGAAUGUGAGAUACUACUAAAAGCUAUAUUCCACCAGGCACCUCGAUGCAAUGCAUUUCUGCCAGAGCUAAUCGCAGUCGCUCUAGUCGAAGUUUUCGAAGUCCACCGGAAGCGGCAUGGUCUGUUUCAGAAGCAUCACGAGCAGGUUAACGAAGCCUGGUGGGCAGAACACUUCUGAAACGCUCCUGGUGGGGUUUGAAGUCGAGAGUGGACCAAAACAACAUCGUUGUUACAUUGAAGUUUAACACAUUAUUUCACAGUAUCGAUGUCUCCAGUGUUCAAUGUAGAAAAACGAGAAGGUGUCCAAGCUUUUAUCCGGAAACGUACAUUCUCAGGGAUUUCUCUAAAUAAAAAACAACAAAAAAAAAAAGCAAACAAAAGAGAACAAAAAGCAUUUUAUUGCUGUGUAUAUAUGAAAGUAUAUGUCUGAAUAUUGAAAAAAAAAUGUAUAUGUUAACUAAUUUAUGACAGAAUAUUCUAUGUAAGGCACAAUACUUGAAGCUGCAGUAAAAAAAAACAUAAAAAAAGAAACAACAUAUCAGAAGGACUUCUUCUUCUUCUUUUUCUUCUUCUUCUUCUUCUUCUUCUUCAUUCGCCUUGCAUCGCAUCAGGGGCCAGUUCCAAACAGGAGGACACGCCGGCUGCAGACAUGUAAUGAACUGCAGAGAAACCCGGACACGUUAAAAACACGGCAGCAGCAGCAGCAGCGUGUUGAGGAUUGUACCGAGGCAACAAUAUUCCAGUCCACAAAACGAAGCUCUGUUUUACCGCCUCCUGACAUCUCGACUUUGUUCAGGACAGAAACUGUUUUUUUCCGUUUGUUUUAACUCCUCACACGAGAACAGCCUUCUUCUUUCUUGCCUUGUCUUAAUGCUUUAAAAUAACCAAAUGGGAGUUCGAACUUCACCAAACUUUAUUCGUUUAUACGCCAACCGACUUUUUAUCGUCUUUUUUUGUUGUCGUUGAAUUUUUAGCUGAACUGGCUCAGUGUGUUUCUGUGCUUUAAAAGCUCAUUUCAUGUUUUUUCAGUGUCGUCUCUUCGUGUCCGUAGAUCUUUUUUCUUUUUUUUUUAUUUAUUACGUUAGGUAAAUGAUUGUACGACCAUGUCAACAUGCUCAUGAAGUUGAAACUUAAGAUUUGAUACACUGAUCGAUUUAUUUAUGUAACUAAAAAUCACUGUUUUAUAAACUUGUUAAUGAAUCAACAUUUUGUUUCGAUUAAAUUUGUUUUUGUUUUUUUGAGAGGAUGACGUC